AUGUCUCUGCAGCAGCACACACUCACAGCAGCAACGGUUCUCUCCUUUCUGCUCGUGAUGGUCUGUGAUUGGACGACAGCUUCCAGAUCUGUGCAGUGUGAGCCGUCGCUGCUGAAUACGCUGAAGAUCGGGAGACUCGCGCAAAAGGAGACUGUGGACGCCAUAAAAAACUACCAGCAGGAGCAGGAGCAGCAGCAGGAGCAGCAGGAGCAGGAGCAGCAGCAGGAGCAGCAGGAGCAGCAGCAGGAGCAGCAGGAGCAGGAGCAGCAGCAGGAGCGGCAGGAGCAGGAGCAGCAGCAGGAGCAGCAGGAGCAGGAGCAGGAGCAGCAGCAGGAGCAGCAGGAGCAGGAGCAGCAGCAGGAGCGGCAGGAGCAGGAGCAGCAGCAGGAGCAGCAGGAGCAGGAGCAGGAGCAGCAGCAGGAGGAGCAGGAGCAGGAGCAGCAGCAGGAGCAGCAGGAGCAGCAGCAGGAGCAGCAGGAGCAGGAGCAGCAGAAGGAGCAGCAGGAGCAGGAGCAGCAGCAGGAGCAGCAGGAGCAGCAGGAGCAGGAGCAGGAGCAGGAGCAGCAGCAGGAGCAGCAGGAGCAGGAGCAGCAGCAGGUGCAGCAGGAGCAGCAGCAGGAGCAGCAGGAGCAGGAGCAGCAGCAGGAGCAGGAGCAGCAGCAGGAGCAGGAACAGCAGCAGGAGCAGCAGGAGCAGCAGGAGCAGGAGCAGGAGCAGCAGCAGGAGCAGCAGGAGCAGGAGCAGCAGCAGGAGCAGCAGGAGCAGCAGGAGCAGCAGCAGGAGCAGCAGCAGGAGCAGGAGCAGGAGCAGCAGCAGGAGCAGUAUCAGGAGCUGCAGCAGGAGCAGCAGCAGCAGGAGCAGCAGCAGCAGCAUCAGCAGGAGCAGCAGCAGGAGCAGGAGCAGUAG